ACCAUUUACAACUCGUUUGGAGGUCAGGUUACCGUGACCAGAUAUUGGCGGACUAGCUUCUAGCCCCUAUAAUUUGAUCUCAGUAGGGUGAGAAAGUGGAGCUGAGUCCAAUGGAUAGAAGAACCAGUAUCCCAAUUCCGAACCCUGUACGCGUUCCGAUGCAAAGGGUACAAUAUUUUUCAACAGGGAUUUUGAUUACUCGAUGGUCACAGCGUCUGGUAUUAAUGCUGCCAGCCGCCAAUGCCACAAUCAAUCAGGCUAAUUGAAACAAGGGUCUACUCAAUGUCAUCUGGGACGGCCGUGUAUUAACAGGACUGUUCAGUGGUACAAUGAAUCUCGAACUAAUAAAACACCCUCUUCCAUAGCAAGGCAUUGAUUGGCGCAGGCAGUACUGGGUCAGUAUGAUUUGCAAUAGGGCAAGAUCGAUUGUGGUGGGCACUCUGGCAUUGACUCUGCUAUGGUUGUCGUCGUCUUCACUACUCAGGCUCUAUUACCUUCUUCGGCUACCGUUCGUAUGGAAAGCAUCCUCGGCAGACGCGAUCAUCUCUCAACAACACGACGACUUUGACGUCACAUUUGCAGACUACGAUGCAAACUACUCCACAUAUGCCACAGGCAUACGACCAUACAUACCUAGAAGGAUACAUCAUAUCCACCUAGGAUCGAGCUCACCGCCGAAGAAUUGGCUGGAUGCCAGAGCCGAAUGUCUGAAACAUCAUGAAUUCUGGGAGGCAUAUCUCUGGACGGACAAAAAUGCGGACAGCUUCGUUCAAGACAAUUAUCCCCAUCUCUAUGAAAUGUGGACCCGCUACCCAUUCAACGUACAACGCGUGGAUGCAUUGCGCUACAUGAUACUGCAGAAGUACGGAGGUGCCAUCCUUGACUUCGACCUCGCGUGCAAGCGAUCGCUGGAGCCGUUGCGUCGAUUUGAGUUCGUAGCUCCGGCUGCGCAUCCUGCUGGGUUCUCAAUCGGCAUGAUGCUUGCAGCGCCCAACAACCCCUAUGUCCAUGCGCUCGUUGAAAACCUCCCGGUAUACAACCAAGUCUGGCCAUUGUUACCAUAUGCGACCGUAAUGUUCAGUACAGGCUGCCACUACGCGUCGACCAUAUUCACUCUGCAGUCCAAUCGCACAAACCUCCGCAUUCUUGCAGGCCCUCCCGAUCAGCCCAAGAUGCAUAUGCUCAAUGGGGUAGUCAAUACGCCACUUUUCCGGCAUUUCGGCUCUUCUUCAUGGCAUGGCCAUGAUGCACGGUUGAUUCAGUUCUUCAAAGACCUCGAUCAGCGGAUCUUGUUUGCGGGUCUCAUCUUGCUCUUGGGUAGUGCGGCAGUAGUUACACUGCUAUGUAUUGUUCGAAGGCGUUCACCAAAGGUAGACGACGAAGAACGUCGCUUGCCGUCAUUUGCAAUCAAGUGGAUGGCAAAGAUCGCUUAAGUGAAGCAGGAAUAGGUGGGGUGGUAUACAUAUAUAUUAAUCUGGUUUUGUGUUUUCUUUCAGCG